GGAGGGAGGAGCGGAGAGGCGGCAUGGCAGCGUCCCGCGGAGCUGGCGGGCCGGCGGAAGAGGGGGAUACAGAGUGUAUUUUGGAGCCUUUGUCUCUGCCAGAAAGACCACUUUGUGUUGCUCCUGUAGAAAGUUCUCCCUAUGUGCCUUGUAUUUUCUGUGAAGAAUGUUAUCUCUUGGCUGAACAAAACCAGCUCCUGAAACACAUGAUUAUUGAACACAAGCUCGUCAUAGCAGAUGUGAAACUGGUUGCAGAUUUUAAAAGAUACAUCUUGUACUGGAAGAGGAGAUUUGCAGAACAGCCCAUCACAGACUUUUGUAGUGUGAUAAGAACAAAUUCACAAGCUCCAUUAGCAGAAGAACAGGACAAUUAUUUUCUUCUCUGUGAUGUUUUACCAGAAGACAGAUUACUUAGAGAACAGCUUCAGCAAAAGAGACUGAGAGAAAUUCUAGAACAGCAACAGCAAGAGAGAUAUGACACAAGUUUUCAUAGUAUGUGUAUGUUCUGUGAUCAAGAAUUCACAGGAAACAGAUCUGUCCUUCUCAAUCAUAUGGCAAGAGAGCAUGCUUUCAACAUUGGGCUGCCAGAUAACAUUGUGAAUUGCAAUGAAUUUCUGUCUGUUUUACAAGAGAAGCUUGACAAAUUGCAGUGUUUAUACUGUGAAAAAGUCUUCAGAGACAAAAACACACUUAAAGAUCACAUGAGAAAGAAGCAGCAUCGCAGAAUCAAUGCCAAAAACAAAGAAUAUGACAAAUUUUAUAUCAUUAAUUACUUGGAAUUUGGAAAGUCUUGGGAGGAAGUGCAGUCAGAGGAUGACCGGGAAUUACUAGAUAACCUAGAAGAAGACUGGUCUGACUGGGAAGAGCAUCCUGUGUGUGCAGUUUGCCUGUUCUGUGAACAACAAGAAAACACUACAGAAAAACUCUACCUUCACAUGCAGAAAUCACAUGGAUUUGACUUCCCUAAAAUAAAAUCAGAUCAUGGUCUGAACUUUUAUCAGCAAGUAAAGCUAGUGAAUUUCAUCAGAAGAGAAAUCCAUCACUGUCGUUGUUACAACUGCAAGGAGAAAUUUCAGUCUAAAGGAGAACUGAUAACUCAUAUGGAAGAAACCAAACACAUCACAUUCCUACCAGCCAAGUCUACAUGGGAUCAACCACAGUAUUAUUUCCCUACCUAUGAAAAUGAUUCACUCCUUUGUACUCUGUCAGACAGUGAAGAUCUGAUAACUGAGGAUCAAAGUGAAGAUGUCCCUGUUGUAAGCGAAGAUGUAUCCAGUCUAAAAGCCCUCAAAAAAAGCAGUGUUUUAAACCAGCUCCUGUAUGAAGAGAACAAGAGUCAGGAGGAAUUUUGACCAGGAUUCACAGUUGCUGAUCUUUAAGUGUUUCUUCUGCAAGACAAAAAAAAAAAAAAAAAAAAAAAAAGACAUUCUUUCACGAAUAUUGGAAUGCAGUUUAACUCAGAGAUAUUGUCACUGAGCAAAUAUUGUAUGAAAGUAAAUGCUAAAUAAAAUUUAAGUGU